GGCAGCUGAUCCAAAGCCCACCCGAGAAGACUAUGGAGCAGGAGAAAUAUCUACCCGAGCUGAUGGCCGAGAAAGAUAGCCUGGAUCCCUCCUUUGUUCAUGCGAUGCGCCUUUUGGCGGAAGAAAUUGAAAAGUUCCAGAGUUCUGAUGAGAAAAAGGAAGAUGAAGAGAAAAAAUACCUUGAUGUCAUCAGCAAUAAAAAUAUAAAGCUGUCCGAAAGGGUAUUGAUUCCUGUGAAACAGUAUCCAAAGUUUAAUUUUGUGGGCAAAUUGCUUGGUCCAAGAGGAAAUUCCUUGAAAAGAUUACAAGAAGAAACAGGGGCCAAAAUGUCUAUCCUGGGAAAAGGUUCUAUGAGAGACAAAGCAAAGGAAGAAGAAUUAAGGAAGAGUGGGGAAGCCAAAUACGCACACUUGAGUGAUGAACUACAUGUAUUAAUUGAAGUGUUUGCCCCACCCGGGGAAGCUUAUUCACGGAUGAGUCAUGCCUUGGAAGAGAUUAAAAAAUUCCUUGUUCCAGAUUAUAAUGAUGAAAUUCGUCAGGAGCAAUUGCGGGAAUUAUCAUAUUUAAAUGGUUCAGAAGAUUCAACUCGUGGACGAGGCAUUAGAGGAAGAGGGAUCCGGGUUCCUCCCUCUGCUCCCUCAAGGGGACGCGGAGGUGCAGUUCCUCCACCACCACCUGGACGAGGAGCUCAAGCACCAAGAGGAACCCCUGUGACCCGAGGAGUACUUCCAGUACCACCUGUAGCCAGGGGUAUUCCAGCCCCUCGAGCAAGAGGAGUUCCGGCAGUACCAGGUUACAGGCCACCCCCUCCCCCAGCACAUGAAGCCUAUGAAGAAUAUGGUUAUGAUGACAGUUAUGGGGGUGAAUACGAUGAUCCAAGUUAUGAGGCAUAUGACAAUAGUUAUGCUACACAAACACAGAGUCUGCCUGAAUAUUAUGACUAUGGUCACGGAACAAGCGAAGACGCUUAUGACAGCUACGCACAAGAAGAAUGGGCCAUAACCCGUCCAAGCUUAAAGGCACCACCUCCCAGGUCAACCAGAGGGGGUUACAGGGAACACCCCUAUGGUAGAUAUUGAAGGUCCUCCUCAUCUGUGACCUCAUCUUAAAGACAAUUAAUAACCCAUGGUCUCCAAGUAAACAGCAACAAGACAAGUAAUAGCCCAUUUCUUUUCUAUCCUAGGAAUUACUGCUAAUGAUUACUCUAGAUAUACUUCUUGUGUUUCUACAUUGGAGUGACACUGGCAUUAGUAUUAUUUUAUAACAUGGACUUGACAAGACCUUUGGCAAGCAUUGUCUAAACCAUCCAGCAAGAUGAUGUUCUCUUGAUUGUGCCUCACUGUUGUGUGUAAUUUUAAAGCAAAACAGGGGGAAAAAAGCAUGAAGCAGUUACACACCAUGCAUCUGUCCUGUUCCCCCCGAUGCUACUAAAGCUGAGUUUUAUGAUAAUCAAGGGUUGCUAAAAAUGUAACAUGACCUUUUCGAUCCAGAUGAUAAUCAAUAUGUAGAUAAGAUGUUUUAAUCUGUCUUUUUAAUAUAUGUUAGAUAGAUUUAAGAUGUUCAGUAUUAAGUUUGUAAAUUUCAUUCUAAAUGCUGUUUUAAUGGGGUUAACAACAAAGCAGCUACUGUAUGUAUGUAGCUAACUGAACUUGUCCAAUGUUUUAACCUGUAUUUGUUUUGGUUUUUUAUUUUUUAUUUUAUUUAAAAUCACAUAAAGUUCCAUGUGUAAGCUUCUCUAAAUAGGAACCAUAAUUUUGUCAAACAUGUUUGCCAUAAUUUGUCAAUAAAGCUGAAAUCUUUUGUAAGAAACUAAAUUUGGGAUGACGUGUUUUUAGCUUUAAAUGCCUGCUUGAUUUCUUCUUCAAGAGAUGCCUAAAAUGUUUUUGAAUAUAAACAAAUUUUUCCAAAAAAAUCUAUAAAUGAACCCAAGUUUGUUUUAAGAAUAUGUGCGAGACUUUAAAAGUUGUAUUAAUAACUUAUGGUUGUUAAAUAAUUUAAAAGCUAACAAACUAAACUGUGAAAUGAAUCAUGGAUAGCAGACACUAAUGUAUAACAUGUUAAUGGAAAAAAAUGGCUUUAGAAGA